AUAAAAAAUAGUUAAGAGCUCUUUCAAGAGAGAAAUAUAUGGAAUCUCUAGCUAUUGGGUCACUUCGCAAGCCAGCUGCUAUGAUUCAGUACUCUGGAGUCGUUAAGCCAUCUUCUUCACUUGUUUUGAAGCAUCAAGCAUGUAUCUUCAAUAAGAAUCGAUACAUGACAUUUCAACAAAGGCAUGUCAACUAUCACAUGGCUGAGAGCUUCUACAAACGAUCCAUGCUCCAUGGAAGACCCGAAAAGAAGUUCGAAUUGGAUGCAACAUCUACCAACGAUUCUGGAUCUGAUGCAGCUCAUAAUACAAUGAAUCCGAUGCAAACCACUGUGAAUUUCUUGGACGUUCUUUACAGAUUUAUAAGGCCGUAUGCAGCACUUGGAACGGCUCUAAAUGUAGCUUCAAUGGCUCUACUUGCUGUUGAGAAGCUUUCGGAUUUCUCACCACUGUUCUUCGUGAGAUUGUUGCAGGCUCUCGUUGGAAGCCUGUUGAUGCAAAUGUAUGUCACCGGUUUCAACCAGAUAUGUGAUAUAGAACUCGACAAGGUUAACAAGCCAUUUCUCCCAUUAGCUGCAGGGGAUCUAUCUAUGAGAACUGCUAUUCUCGUCUCUUCAUUAUCAGCAAUUAUGAUAGGACCACCCACCCCUCAACCGACCCACCCUACCAUUCUCAAACUUGUCAGCGACACCCAUUUUCCGGCAUCGGUUGGCGUAUCCGCCACCGGGUUACCACCGUCGCCACAGUCCGAAAAAAACCAACUCGUCCCCCUCACCCUUUUCAUAUUCGGCAAGCAAUCACCACCGCCGCAGUAA